CUUCGGCGACGGUGGGGGGGAUGGAUGGAUGGGUGAAGUGGAGGAUGGAUUGAUGGGUUUAAGAGGGUUUAUAAAUGGAAUGAAAUUCUGCUUGAGGAUGGGGACAAUAAGUCAGUCAAGUCAAUCAAGUCAAUCAAUAGGUUGAGAGUUGAAAACUAUAAAACCUACUGUUUAAGAGGUAUAUACACAACCAAUAUUUAUCUCUAGAAAUCCCUCCAGACAGACGGCAUACAUAACCAGCACCCGAGAAAACACACCUUCGAUUAAACGGGACUUUUUAUUUGUAUACACUAGAUCCUAACACCAACAUGUGUUUCGGUCUCCGAAGCAGCGGCGCCAAAGCCGACAUCCAAAACGGCACAGACAUCGACAUUCCCGCGAGGAAGAUCUCAAGCCCCCAACCCCAGCAGAACCUCAACGGCGAUGGGUCCGAGAUGUCGAUGAUGUCUGGGAAACCCGAGAAGGUCGAGAAGGCAGAGAAGCCGAAGAAGAAGAAGUGGAAUGAUGAUGAGUAUGGUGAUUCUGUUAGCCUCGCGCUAGCAGCAAAAACUAGAGCGAGGAUAAAGGAACUCUACCCUAAUGGGAUUCCGGAGGGGGAACAGGAUGCGAUUUCGAGGACGCAGAUGAGUAGUGGGCCGAUGGGGGGGCCGUAUGGGGGGGGGGCUAUGAUGGGGUUGUAG